CCAUUUCUUGUGGACAUCCUGGGGUACCUGCCAAUGCAGUUCUUUCAGGAGACAAAUUUACAUACGGCUCCAUAAUUCACUACUCUUGCACAGCGGGUCGAAGGCUCAUAGGAAAUUCUACUAGGGAGUGCCAAGAAGAUAGCCGCUGGAGUGGGACUCUCCCCCACUGUUCAGGAAAUAAUCCUGGCUAUUGUGAUGACCCAGGAGUACCAGCUCACGGGUCUAGACUAGGGGAUGAGUUCAAAACAAAGAGUCUGCUACGUUUCUCCUGUGAAAUGGGUUAUCAGCUGAGAGGAUCUGCAGAACGAACGUGCCUGCUUAAUGGUUCCUGGUCAGGGAUACAGCCUGUGUGUGAAGCUGUAUCUUGUGGGAACCCUGGCACCCCAGCCAACGGUAUGAUAAUAUACACUGAUGGAAUAUUAUUCUCCAGCUCAGUCAUUUAUGCCUGCUGGGAAGGUUAUAAAACUACAGGGCUAACUACUAGACAUUGUACUGCUAAUGGGACGUGGACUGGCACAGCUCCAGACUGCACAGUGAUAAGCUGUGGAGAUCCAGGUGCAUUAGCAAAUGGCAUUCAGUUUGGAAAUGAUUUUACCUUUAAUAAGACAGUCAGCUAUCAGUGCAAUCCAGGAUACUUGAUGGAGCCUGCCAGUUCAUCUACCAUGCGUUGUAUAAAAGACAACACUUGGAACCAGAGUAAACCAAUUUGCAAAGCUAUUACCUGUGGCUCCCCUCCACCCGUUCUCUAUGGGAAAGUGGAAGGAUCUGAUUACCGCUGGGGUGCCAGUGUAAGUUACAGCUGUGCAGAAGGCUAUCAGCUAUCCAACACAGCUAUUCUCUCCUGUGAGGGUCGAGGAAUUUGGCGAGGAGACAUCCCACAAUGUUUGCCUGUGUUUUGUGGUGAUCCUGGAACUCCAGCAGAAGGACGUCUCAAUGGAAAAAGUUUCACCUACAGAUCUGAAGUGAGCUUUCAGUGCAGACCCCCUUUUAUUCUGAUAGGCUCUUCAAGAAGGUUCUGUCAAGCAGAUGGCACUUGGAGUGGAAUUCAGCCAACAUGCAUCGAUCCAGCUCAUAAUACAUGUACAGACCCUGGUACUCCACAUUUUGGAAUACAAAAUAGUUCGAGAGGUUAUGAGGUUGGGAGCACAGUCUUUUUCAGAUGCAGAAAAGGUUAUCAUAUACAAGGAUCUACCACUCGUUCUUGUCUUGCUAACUUAACCUGGAGUGGCAUACAGUCUGAAUGCAUUCCUCAUGCCUGCAGGCAGCCAGAGACACCAGCACAUGUAGAUGUGAAAGCAAUAGAUCUUCCUACUUUAGGGUAUACUUUGGUGUAUACCUGUCAGCCAGGAUUUUUUCUUGCUGGUGGAUCAGAGCAUCGGACAUGUAAACCAGAUAUGAAAUGGACAGGAAAAUCACCUAUUUGUAAAAUUCCCUCAGAUGUGUUUUUUAUAAAUUCACUGUGGAAAGGGUUUUAUGAAUAUUUAGGAAAAAGACAGCCUGCUACUCUGACUGUUGAUUGGUUCAAUACCACAAGCAGCAAAGUGAAUGCCACAUUCAUUGAGGCAUCCAAUAUACAACUCAAACUAUCAGGUGUUUACAAGAAAGAAGAAGCUCAUUUGCUCUUGAAAGUUUUUCAUAUUAAAGGACCUAGUGACAUUUUUGUAAGCAAGUUUGAAAAUGACAACUGGGCACUAGAUGGUUAUGUAUCCUCAGGGCUUGAAAGAGGUGUUUUUACCUAUCAAGGUGAUAUACAUGGAAAAGACUUUGGAAAAUUUAUGCUCCAAAGACAAGGUCCUUUAAGUGCAGAUGCAGACCUUUCAAAUCACUACUAUGGUACAAACAGCAGUUCUGUUGCAGCUGCCAUCCUGGUACCAUUCUUUGCUCUAAUAUUAUCAGGGUUUGCAUUUUACCUCUACAAACACAGAACAAGACCAAAAGUACAGUACAAUGGCUAUGCUGGACAUGAAAACAGUAAUGGACAGGCUUCAUUUGAAAACCCCAUGUAUGACACAAACUUAAAACCCACAGAGGCAAAGGCUGUGAGGUUUGAUACGACUCUGAACACAGUUUGUACAGUG